UCUUCUUCCGCACAUUCAUUCUACCGAGCACCGAGCCGGACCUCACGUGCUCUAAUUCUAUUGGUUGGUGACAAUCCUUCACACUCCGUAUCAAACAUAUCAUCUCCUCAAUGGUCCAGUGGCUAGGAUCUGUCGCUUUCACCGACAUGGCCGGGGUUCGAUUCCCCGUUGGGGAAAUUUUUUGGAGGACACUAUUUGGUUUCUUUUAUCACACUAUUAGGAUCCUGAAUUCUUCACCUUUAUCUUUAUUUCAUUUAUUUGUCUUUUAUCCUAUUCUAUUGUUACAUUACGUUACUAAUUAGUACUACCUAUUUUAAGACGUCACAUGUGUUGUAAAAUUCUCAAAUACAACAGUCAAUCAAAAUUAUAAAAAAGUUCUGUUGUAUCCAAUAGCAUAGUACUCUUGGAUUAUUACGUAAU